CCCUAAAACACAGCUUCACUUCGUCAAACACAGACUUCGUCUCAAAGUUUGGACCGCUGUCAACGCGCACCUCUCCGUGUUCUUUUAGCAGGGGCAUAAAGUGAGGAGGAGCCCUCAGUGUGGACACACAGUCCCUCACAGCAAACUGCCGGAUCCCUAUCUAAUGGGCAUCUAAAGUCUCCCACAGCAUCCCACGAGAGCCGUUGGCCCUGCAUAGCUGCUUUUUAUCAGCUGUGCAGUCCAGCAGAGGAGACGCAGAAUAUAUCUAAUAACUGGAUAGACCAGUUAUGUAUGCCUUUGGACAUCAGCGUGUCCCCGGACAGGUAACCAGGUGUGUUGCUGCCGUCAUGGCCUUGCCAACCCCACAGCUGUUUCAUGUCACCAUGAUCACAGUCCUGGUGGCGCUGGUGUCGUCUUCUGGGGACCACGAGUGGCACUUUAACCCAGCUCAGUGUCGUUACGCCCUCGGGAUGGAGGAUGGCAUCAUCCCAGACUCUGACAUCACUGCCUCCAGCGCCUGGUCAGACUCUACUGAGGCCAAACAUGGAAGGUUGAGCACUGGAGAGGGGGAUGGAGCGUGGUGUCCUGCAGGAGCCGUUUUCCCCAGUGCAUCAGAAUACCUUCAGGUGGACCUGCACAAACUCCACUUCCUGGCUCUGGUUGGUACUCAGGGCCGCCAUGCCGACGGGCACGGCCAGGAGUUCGCCCGCAGUUAUCGCCUCCGCUAUUCCCGAGACGGAGUGAAAUGGAUCACCUGGAAGGACCGCUGGGGCAAGGAAGCGGUGUCAGGGAAUGAGAACACCUAUGAUGUUGUGCUGAAGGACCUGGGCCCUCCCAUAGUGGCCCGCAUGGUGCGCUUCUACCCCCUGGCUGACCGAGUUAUGAGUGUUUGCCUUCGGGUGGAGCUCUAUGGUUGUCUUUGGAACGACGGGUUGAAGGCUUACACAGCUCCAGUGGGUCACGUCAUGCAUCUGUCUGGCAUAUCUGGCAUGCCUGUCUAUCUAAACGACUCCACCUACGAUGGGAGCACCGAGCAAGGGAUGCAGUUUGGAGGCCUGGGUCAGCUGAUGGACGGCGUCCUGGGAGGAGAUGACUUCAUAGAAACUAAAGAGCUGAGGGUGUGGCCUGGCUAUGACUACCUGGGCUGGAGCCGGGAGGCCCUUGGGCAAGGCAGCGUGGAUAUUGAGUUCCACUUUGAGAAGCCACGUGUCUUCCACAACAUGCAGGUGCACAGUAACAACCGCCACACUCAGGGUGUGAGAGUCUUCAGCAAGGUAAAGUGUCUUUUCAAGCCUGGCAUCCUCCAGCCCUGGUCCCCUGAACUCACUCUGCUGGUGCCCCUUGAGGAUCUCAAAGACCCCUCCUCACGACCCAUCUCCCUCCCACUGGGCGGCCGGCCGGCUCAGAUCCUCCUCUGCAAAUUCUACUUCGCUGACCGCUGGCUCCUCAUCAGCGAGAUAUCCUUCCUCUCUGAGCCAUUCGAGGAGGAUGCAACAGAGAAGGAUUCAUUUCCUAAUCUUCCUAAGAUUCCUACCACCACUUCCUCUCCUCCGCCUGUCAACCUCACUUCCUCCUCUCCUACGUCCAGCCACAGCUCCUCCAACAUCACUGCCGGCCCAUCCGAACCCCCCACCAACACCUCCUUCAUGAUGGACAUCACUGGUAACUGGACGCUGUCAGAUGCAGAAUUUGGUGCCAACACUCCAAGGGCGGGACUUCCUGUAGCCAAGGAUGACAGCAGUAAUACAGCUAUUCUGAUCGGCUGCCUGGUGGGCAUCAUCCUUCUGCUGCUGGCUGUGAUAGCUGUCAUUCUGUGGAGGCAGUACUGGAAAAAGAUACUGGGCAAGGCCCAGGGUAGUCUGUCCAGUGAUGAGCUGCGGGUUCACCUGUCAGUCCCCUUGGACAACGUGGUCAUCAACAACACACACAGCUACUCGAGCCGCUACCAGCGCAUCCACACUUUCCCCGACGACCGCGACCAUGACCGAGAGGGAGAAGGAGAGUAUCAAGAGCCCAGCGCUCUGCUCCGGCCAAGGGAUCCCAGAGACGGCACAGCCUUGCUGUUAAACAACCCAGCCUAUCACCUCCUCCUGUCAGGUCACAGAAAUGGCUCCAGAUCCCUAGUCGUCCCCAGCACCUCUCAGGCUCAGGAAAAGAGCCUCAAUGUGCCCCAGGCCUGUGGUUUGGACAUGGACAUGGAGAAGGGUUUCCCCCCAACUCAGGAGGAGCCUCCUCCCUACCCUGGCUCUCCUCCGUACCCCUCCCUGUCCCCCCCUGUUUCUCCCCCACUGCCUCCCAGCGUUCCUCAUUACGCUGAGGCGGACAUCGUGAGCCUGCAGGGUGUCAGCGGUAACAACACCUACGCCGUCCCUGCCUUGACCUCCUCGAGCCCCGGGGCCGACACCACCCCGCUGCCGGAGCUGCCGCGCCAAUAUCUCAUCUUCAAGGAGAAGCUAGGAGAGGGACAGUUUGGAGAGGUUCACCUGUGUGAAAUCGAGAACCCUCAGGACCUUACCAACUUGGAGUUCCCCUUCAAUGUGAGAAAAGGUCGCCCUCUUCUGGUGGCAGUGAAGAUCCUGCGCCCGGACGCCUCCAAGAACGCCAGGAACGACUUCCUGAAAGAGGUGAAGAUCCUGUCUCGCCUGAAGGACCCGAACAUCAUCCGUCUGCUGGGAGUGUGUGUGAGCAGUGAUCCCCUCUGUAUGGUCACUGAGUACAUGGAAUGUGGAGACUUGAACCAGUAUCUGUCCCACCGAGUGCUUCUGGACAAGACAGGACCUACACAUAACACCCCGACCAUCAGUUACCCGGCCCUCAUCUCCAUGGCCAGCCAGAUUGCGUCAGGAAUGAAGUUCCUCUCCUCUCUCAACUUUGUGCACCGGGAUCUGGCCACGCGUAACUGUCUGGUCGGGGGUGAGAAGGGUGAGAGCGGAGAGGAUCGGGGCGGUGAGCGUCACAUCAAGAUAGCUGACUUUGGCAUGAGCAGGAACUUGUAUGCAGGAGACUACUACAGGAUCCAGGGCAGAGCUGUGCUGCCAAUACGCUGGAUGGCCUGGGAGUGUAUACUCAUGGGUAAGUUCACCACGGCCAGCGAUGUGUGGGCGUUCGGGGUCACUCUGUGGGAGAUGCUGAGCGUUUGUCAGGAGCAGCCGUACUCCAACCUCACAGACGAGCAAGUCAUUGACAACGCCGGGGAGUUCUUCAGAGACCAGGGCAGACAGGUGUAUCUGAGCAGGCCGGCUGUGUGUCCUCAGGGUCUCUUCGAGCUCAUGUUGAGCUGCUGGAACAGAGACUGCAAGCUCCGCCCGUCCUUCGCUGACAUCCACUCCUUUCUUACGGAGGACGCCAUGAACAUGGUGUAGAGAGAGCAACAGAAGGAAGAGAAAGGCAACGCUGAAGAGGGGAAACGCCUCGUUCGUUUCUGCAUCCUUGCUGCGGUGGGGAAGGUGUGGUGGAGGUGCUGCACAGCAGAGGCAGAUGAGAGGGGGAGAGUGGGUUGCGCGCUUUUAUAUUUGUACUUUUUUGGGUGGAUGGGGCUGAGACACCGCUGGUUCGGUUUAUUUCCACAUCAGACCCCCAACCCCAAAGGCAAAACUAACCCCAGCUUUAGACCGGUGAGAGUCCGAGCUACAUUUCAAGGGUGAUGGGUGCAGUCUGCAUAGGAACUUUCUCUCCUCUCAGAUACUUUAUUACAAGGGGGCUUUGUGUUACUGGUGACUAAGUGCUGUAGAGUUAAUGACACGGGAAGCUGCUGAGCCGAAGUGACGGAAAGUUCUCCGAAUACGACCGUAGCAAGCUCGGACAUGAACACUUUGUUUCAUGACUUUUGCAUAUCCAUCAUAAAUGCUACAUGCAGGGUAACGGGUGACUGUGCACAUGACACAUAAACUUGUCUGAACAGCACACCUAUUGUUCGGACAUGAAAGUGCACAUGCAGGGAUUGUCUUAGUAUUUAUCGUAUGUAUGCACACAUGUUCAUCAAAAUCGGCUUCAGCCCCUUUUUGCCCAUCUGAGGCACAAAAAAAUGAUAAUUUGACCAAAAGUCUAUGAAAAGAUUUUCAGACGUGGCUGACUGAUAACUUCAGAUCUCACCAUGUUUGUCGACCCUUCGACAAUCCUCUUAUCUUAACCCCAAAAACGUACACAGUGACCCUCAUCCACAGCUGUAACUUCCAAGUUAUUGUGGACUAAUGUGAAAUGAUGUGGACCAGACAUCUCCCCCCCCCCCCCCCCCACAUUGUAGUCAAAAAGUCCAAGCCAUUUUGAACCCCAUCUUUGAGCCACAGAGAGAAGAGCUGUGCCAAAUGGACUUCUAAAACCUGAGGAAACGGGCACAGAAGAGGAGGGUCUGCUGCUGCCGACGAGACGUGACCCACAAACUGGAACGGCUUUUCCAAGCAGAGAGACAAUACUGCCAUCUGGGGCAGAGGCCGGGACGUCUUCAGAUGCGCCUGCCAUCUGGCUGCGACCCAGACACAAAGGAUCAAAUGAAAAAUUCCACAACCAGCUGCACUUUAAAUCCUACAUGCAUAUCCCCGGCCAUGAUGGAAGUCCUCUCUGCGAGGGGCCUGAUAUGAUUCCUGUCGAUGUGGAUUCUAAUGCAUCUCACCUGCAGUGAUUUCAGUUGUUUAACCAAUGGAGAUCAAAAUUCAGGACGGUCUUGUCUUCCUUGUUGAAUCCUCUCCCUACAAGGCAUUGCCAAACCAAGAGAUGUAAAAUAUUAUUUAAAAAAACAAAAUGGAAUGGCACCAUCAAUUCAUCUCAUUUUAUGACGACUUUUUGUUCGGUGUGUUGAGACGCGUCUACUCAUCGAAUAUUCAAUCUCUGCUCAUCCAAAUGCAUUACCGUGCUCUACAAACGCACUGUCGCGGUAUUACUCAAACUGAAUUCUGGGAGUUCUGACUUUAGUGUGAAUGUCAUCAUCAACCUCUGCAUUUUCCCACGUUAAUACAUUAAGCUGACUGCGGUAGAAUCAAUGCUAUCUACCUUACUGACUGUAUAGCACUGUAAAUCAGUCCCGAGGUGAUCAAGAUUAUCAAGUAAUACAUGUUUACUGAUUGUCAAUGGUUGUGCCAUUUGAGUCAAUUUUGAUACACUGUAGUUCAACCAAACCCAUAUUUUUAUAUAUACUUUAUGUACUUAGACACUCCUUGAUGUCUGAUUUCGUCCUUUGUGUCUUUUGAGGUUGAGCAUCAUAGUAUGUACAUAUUUUAAGGACAGAAUUGUAAUUUCCUUUACUAAUAUAUGGAAAACUCUUUGUAACAUUUGGGGUCUUCUGUAUCUCUGUAGAACGCUUGCUACCUUGAUGCCAUGGUAAUUCAUCGUUGUCUAUUUUUGUAGAUGUUUUAAUAAACAUUAAUCUUUUCAAGAAAUUCAA